AUGUCUUACGAGAUAACGCCCAUGAAAGAGGAUGAGAUUGACAUUUACAUCAAAGUAUCCUGGGAAGCCUUGACUCAAGUCGAGGACAGCGUAUUGACGCUGGUCUACCCUGAUGGGUUCACAGAGUCCGUACAAGCAAACAUGCGCAAGACCACUCGCGACGGUUUAUCCGACCCUUCCACUUCUUACGUCCUCAUUCGCGACAUUGACACCAAAGAUGUUGUGGCCGUCGCUUGCUGGUACUAUCAAACCAAGGAUGUGGCCAUUCGAGAAUUACUGGAUGCAGAGGAGAAGGCGAGGGAGAAACGCAUGGAGCAGGGCCCUAUUCCCGGUAUCAACUAUGCUGUGAUUGACAAGUUUCGUGAAGCGUCGAUGGAGAGUAAGCGUGAGAUAUUGGCUGGCAGAGCUCAUGCAGCGCUGAGAGUGCUCUCUACGUUACCGGCAGCUCAGCGCAAGGGUGCCGGAACUGCUGGACUGAUCUGGGGGCUGCGCAAGGCGGAUGAGCUUGGGUUGCCAGCAUAUCUCGUGUCUUCAGGCAUGGGUAGAUCGCUGUAUGCGGCCCAUGGUUUCAGCGAGGUCGGUGAGCUCUCAUUGGACACCAGUCAUCAUGGCCGUCCUCACAAAGUCUCGCAUUGUUGCAUGCUGAGGGCGGCAAAGCGGAUAAGUGGAUAG